UUCAACUUUGGUUAGACUGGUAGUAUCGGCAAAACUUGUAAAGGCUUCCUACUACGGAAUACUUAGAUCCGAAAUUAUCAGCAUGGAAAAUGUUUUAAAUAAACAGUUUCUGAAGCUAAAAGAAGCUAUGGAUGAAAUUUUGGAGUUGAAAAACAACGGACACGUUUUUGAAGUGAAGCAAUCAUCCGCUGCUUUAAUGUUUGUAGCUCUCAAGCAUUCUAAUCGAGAAGUUAAAAGAAACAUUAAAUCAGGUAGAGAUGAAUUACAUUUGGAGAAGUCGAAAGUGGACCUCAGCAGAUUGCACUUGCAAAAUCUUUUGUAUGAAGUCAGCCAUCUAAAGAAGGAGAUCGUUCGUUGUCAGAAAUUUAAAAGCCGCGACUCGUACCUGGAAUUGUUAUCGGACAAAGAGUACUCUAAUAAAUUUUGUAAUGGUUCUGAAGAUAUCUCCAAUAUGACGGAUCACAAGACGCAACUUUAUCGCCUGGAAUGCGAACUAAAAUUGCGAAAAGAGCUGGAUAACCAAUACAGUGGUCUGCUUACAUCAAAACAAGAGUUAUUACAAGAUAACUUAAAUCAGACGCAAAGAUAUCUCUCAUUUGCUCCAGCGCUUCGCACAUUACUUGACUCUACAAAGCCGUUGCACGAUGCUCUGCAACUGUCUCUUGAUGUUGAAUGGAAACUAAGCUCUAUUGUGAAAUAUCUGCCACGCGCAUUGUAUAUUUUAUAUCUGAACCUUGAGUCCUUGCAGCGUGCCAACGAUAAAUUGUUAAUUAAAUCCGAAGUUGUGGGUUUCGAGAGUGAUGUCCAAAUGCAAGGAUUGCUUUCGGAACAAGACAUGUCGUUAACGGAACGUCGCUAUUUUACAGAAGUUAAUAAUACUCCUGAGAGUAGGGUUAACAAUGUAUUGGAGCGUGCUCUGAAAGCUCAUCCACUUCACAUCCGUUUGGUUAUGGAAAACCCAGACAAGUCCUAUGAACUGGUGCUACUAGUGCGGUAUUGGGGAUUACUCAAAUGUACAACAGUGCGGGCGGAAUUAAACAGCGUAACUCCAUCAAAUGUUCAAGGAGAUUCAAGUAUGCUGCAAAAUCUUCUUGGACAUUUAUUUCCUGACGAUUUGGGCAAUGAGAUUCCCGUACCAGGCAUUGAGCAUGAAUUACAAAAUUUAAAAUUUAGCACCGAGGAAUGCAUGGAAUAUCUCAAUCAGAAUGGAUUUGGUAAGCCGUAUUGUUGGUUACAAAGUAUGUGCUCCAUAGCAACAGUGAACAAAAAAAAGAUAUUUAGACAUGAACUUAACUUGCACAAAUGGACGCUUGAUGUUUUCAACCGUAUUUCCAAACGCUGGCAAUCUUUGAUGAGAUUAACGCAACAAGUUCGAGGACUCACAUAUAAGGAUAUCGAUUUGUACUCUUUAAAAGAAAAUAUCUAUCCAGAAGGCUUGUCGUGCAGUCUAGUGCAGUGGACAGUUAUUUCAACGGAGGAAUUCAACAUACAGAAUUCAGACUUGAUUACGAAUUUGCCGACUGAGAAUGGCAUUACAUAUACCUCAUAUCGAGCUGUAAUUGUGCGCGGCUCUGCCAAAAUGGAAUGCUUUAUUAGAAUACCAAGCAACUAUCCCAUGGAAAUUCCGCUUUGGAUUUUGAGUGUGCAUUGGAAUGGUCGACGCACGGCUAUGAACAGCUCGGCUAUCAAGAUGAUGGAAUUCUGGACAAACUCUCUGCGACCUGAGCACUUGGAAAAAAAUCAUCGGCUGCUUUACGCGCAGCUUUUCCGCACCAUUUACAGUUUUGAUAUAUUUCUCGAAACCGAAGGCUCUAUGCAGUCCACAAGGGAAUAUAACAAAGAAAAACCAUACAUUAGUGCAUUCACCAAGCGCAUUCGCUUGCGUCCAUACAGAUAUGUCACAAAAGGAUCUGUGCACACAUUUAAGCAAUAAAUUGAACAAUAUAUGUA